UUGCCACGUGGGGCGAAUAGAUGACAUAAGUGCUUUUUGUUGAUCGUCGCAUUUAUGAUUCAAAAUUAUACUUUCCUCUGUUUAACAUUAACAAUUCUUUAAAUGGUAUUCACGACAGUAGUAAACCUAGUCCGGUCUCGGGGACCAGAUGAGUUCUGGCGAAAGAGGAAAAUUUUCAAACUAGCAGCUCACUACAUGGGCCGUCCACGAAACUGCUACUCAAUAACUAUUCGGAGCGUACACCGAGCCCUCGCGUACGCGACCAAAGGUCGAGCUUUGAAAAAGCAAGACAUGCGAGAACUUUGGACACAGCGUAUAAAUGCCGGCUGCGAGCAGCAUGGCAUGCAGUACGAUGCAUUCCAGAGCGGUCUGUACCAAAACGAGAUUUUACUGAAUAGAAAAGUUCUGGCUGAUCUGGCCAUAUGGGAACCGAGAACUUUUGAAGCACUGGCGCGUAUUAGUCAAACAGCCGCUCCGGAAGAUGAUGAUACCUCACCAAAACAAUAAAUUAAAAUGCAUACGUAGUUUAUAUCAAAAGAAAAUAGUUCAAUGCUUAUAAUA